UUGAAAGGUGUCACUUUUUAUUAAGGACCCAUGAGCAGGUGACAGUGGGCACCUAUUCGGUGUCUGCGGGAGCAGCAGAGUCGGGGCCAGGAGGAGGAGAGCUCGCUCUCUGAUGUGCACUCGUUUCACUGUUCACUGGCGCUGUGACGAUAAGCAGGAUGCUCUGUUGUCUGGUGCGCACUCUCCUGUCUCCAGCUCUCCACAAUCACCAUGGAGGAGCUUAAUUAAUGCACAGGCUUUAUGUGUCUGUCUCUCGUGCAACGAGCCGAUGAAUUUUAAGCCGCCGUUUGAGACCGGACCUGCGUCUGUCGCCCUCCGAAGCUCUGGACCCGCGUUACCGAGCGCAGAGCAACGCGGCUGAAUUAUAAAGUCUUCAGAAAAAAAAAGAGGCAAAUUAUGCCAGCAGCAUCAGAGUCGCUUGCCCUGGUGACGUGCCAGCUCAUUGGUCAGACUACUCUGCCCUCCUCUAGCCUCCCUGUCUACCCUGGCAGAUCCAUGCUGCUGGAUGCUCCUCACAGAGCCACGCCCGCACCAUGAGCGCCAACGGGCCUGCCCCAGACCCAGCCCCCACAGCCCCAGAAGCCCCUCCAGCCACCACCCCUGCCCCGCCGCCUGCCCCAGCCCCCGCAGCACCACCUGCUCAGGCCGCCCCACCUGCCCCAACAACCUCCACUACCAUCCCGGUAGGUGCGUUGGCACAGAAGAAGCGGCAGCAGUAUGCCAAAAGCAAAAAGCAAGGCAGUAACGCCAAUACCAGGCCACAAAGGGCGUUGUUCUGCCUCAAACUCAACAACCCCAUACGCAGGGCCUGCAUCAGCCUGGUGGAGUGGAAGCCAUUUGAUAUCUUUAUAUUAAUUGCUAUUUUUGCCAACUGUAUGGCCUUAGCUGUCUACGUCCCUUUCCCUGAAGAUGAUUCCAACUCCACAAACCACGAUCUGGAAACAGUUGAGUAUGCCUUCCUCAUCAUUUUCACAAUUGAGACCUUUCUGAAGAUUAUCGCCUAUGGUUUGGUGAUGCACCAGAAUGCGUACGUGAGAAAUGGCUGGAACAUGCUGGAUUUCGUCAUUGUUGUGAUAGGACUCUUCAGUGUUGUCUUGGAGCUUUUGACCAAAGAAGAUAAGGCAGAAGCCGAAGGAGAAAUUGAGCAUCCAUCAAUGCAUGGGCAUGGGGGUAAGCCAGGUGGAUUUGAUGUUAAAGCCCUUCGAGCCUUCCGUGUGCUGCGACCCCUGCGGCUGGUCUCAGGAGUACCCAGUUUACAGGUUGUGUUGAACUCCAUCAUUAAAGCCAUGGUUCCUCUCCUGCACAUUGCCCUCCUGGUCUUGUUUGUCAUUAUCAUCUAUGCUAUUAUUGGCCUGGAACUUUUCAUCGGUAAAAUGCAUGCAACCUGCUACUUACCUGGCUCAGAUGCAAUAGCAGAAGAGGAACCAGCUCCAUGUGCGAUCUCAGGGCAUGGGCGCCAAUGCCCCAUCAACGGCACAGAGUGCAGGGAAGGCUGGCAAGGUCCCAACGGAGGCAUUACCAACUUUGACAACUUUCUGUUUGCCAUGCUGACUGUGUUUCAGUGCAUCACCAUGGAGGGCUGGACGGACGUGCUGUACUGGAUGAACGAUGCUAUGGGCUUUGAGCUUCCAUGGGUGUACUUUGUCAGUCUUGUGAUCUUCGGCUCCUUUUUCGUUCUUAACCUGGUUUUGGGUGUGUUGAGCGGAGAGUUCUCCAAGGAGAGAGAAAAGGCCAAAGCUCGCGGAGACUUCCAGAAGCUGCGCGAGAAGCAGCAGCUGGAGGAGGAUCUGAAGGGUUACCUGGACUGGAUCACUCAGGCCGAAGACAUCGACCCCGACAACGAGGACGAGGCCGAUGAGGAGAGCAAGCGCAACCGGGUGACUCUGGCUGACCUUACUGAGAAGAAGAAAGGAAGGUUUGGGUGGUUCAGCCAGUCGUCCGACACUCAUGCGAGCGUUCCAGCCAGCGAAACAGAAUCUGUGAACACAGAGAAUCAGAACGGGGAGGAUGAGAAGACACCGUGCUGUGGACCUCUGUGUCAGAAAAUUUCAAAGUCAAAGUUCAGCCGGCGCUGGCGCCGCUGGAACAGAUUCUGCCGCAGGAAGUGUCGGUUGGCUGUCAAGUCGGUGCCUUUCUAUUGGCUGGUCAUCAUCCUGGUGUUCCUCAACACCCUCACCAUAUCAUCGGAGCAUUAUAACCAGCCUAUGUGGCUGACGCAAGUCCAGGAUGUGGCCAACAAGGUGCUGCUAGCCCUUUUCACGUGUGAAAUGCUGGUGAAGAUGUACAGUCUCGGGCUGCAGGCCUAUUUUGUUUCACUGUUCAACCGCUUUGACUGCUUCGUGGUGUGUGGAGGAAUCACUGAAACCAUUCUGGUCGAGCUGGAAAUCAUGUCUCCUCUCGGUAUCUCCGUGUUCCGCUGUGUUCGCCUGCUGAGGAUCUUCAAGGUCACGCGACACUGGCAGUCUCUGAGUAACCUGGUGGCAUCUCUGCUCAACUCCAUGAAGUCCAUUGCUUCCCUGCUGCUGCUGCUCUUCCUCUUCAUCAUCAUUUUCUCCCUGCUGGGCAUGCAAGUGUUUGGCGGAAAGUUCAACUUUGACGAAACCCAGACAAAGAGGAGCACCUUUGACAACUUUCCCCAGGCUCUUCUCACCGUGUUCCAGAUCCUUACUGGAGAAGACUGGAACGCUGUUAUGUACGAUGGGAUCAUGGCGUACGGAGGCCCCUCCUCCUCUGGGAUGAUCGUGUGCUUUUACUUCAUCAUCCUCUUCAUCUGUGGAAACUAUAUUCUUCUGAAUGUCUUCUUGGCUAUCGCUGUGGACAACUUGGCCGAUGCGGAGUCUCUCAACACAGACGAAGGAGACAAAAAAGAGGACAAAAAGGAUGAUGACAAAGACGACAAGGAGGAAGAGGAAGACAUUGAAGACACUGCAGCAGAGGAGGAAGACCCAGAAGUUCCAUCAGGUCCUCGGCCGGUCAUCUCUGAGCUGGUAAAGAAGGAGAAGAUCACUCCGAUCCCAGAGGGAAGUGCCUUCUUCAUCUUCAGCAACACAAACCCGUUCCGCGUGUUUUGCCACAGACUCAUCAAUCAUCACAUAUUCACCAACCUCAUCCUGGUCUUCAUCAUGCUCAGCUCCGUCUCCCUCGCCGCUGAGGACCCGAUCCGAAACUUCUCAGCUCGCAAUAUUGUCCUAGGCUAUGCAGAUUAUGUCUUCACUAGUAUGUUUACAUUUGAGAUCGUAUUGAAGAUGACGACAUAUGGAGCUUUUCUCCAUAAAGGAGCGUUCUGUAGGAAUUACUUCAACCUCCUGGAUCUGCUGGUCGUGGGAGUUUCCCUCGUUUCUUUUGGCAUCCAGUCCUCGGCCAUCUCCGUGGUGAAGAUCCUUAGGGUCCUCCGUGUUCUCCGCCCCCUGAGGGCUAUUAAUAGAGCCAAAGGCCUGAAGCACGUUGUGCAGUGUGUGUUUGUGGCCAUCAGGACUAUCGGUAACAUCAUGAUCGUCACCACCCUGCUUCAGUUCAUGUUCGCCUGUAUAGGGGUGCAGCUGUUUAAGGGGAAGUUCUAUCGCUGCACAGAUGAAGCUAAGUCCAGCCCAGAAGAGUGCAAAGGCACGUACAUCUUAUACAAGGAUGGAGAUGUGAACCAACCGACCAUGCACAAACGAGUGUGGCACAACAGUGACUUCAACUUUGACAACGUCCUCAUGGCCAUGAUGGCUUUGUUCACUGUGUCCACUUUUGAAGGCUGGCCAGCGUUGCUGUACAAGGCCAUUGACUCGAACAGGGAGAACCUCGGCCCCAUUUACAACUACCGUGUGGAGAUCUCCAUCUUCUUCAUCAUCUACAUCAUCAUCAUCGCUUUCUUCAUGAUGAACAUCUUCGUAGGUUUUGUGAUCGUCACAUUUCAGGAACAGGGAGAGAAAGAGUACAAAAACUGUGAACUCGACAAGAACCAGCGUCAGUGCGUGGAGUACGCACUGAAGGCACGUCCACUGAGGAGGUACAUCCCUAAGAACCCAUACCAGUACAAGUUCUGGUAUGUGGUGAACUCCACUGGGUUUGAGUACAUCAUGUUUGUGCUCAUCAUGCUCAACACACUCUGCCUGGCCGUACAGCACUACGGCCAGUCAGCACUUUUUAACUAUGUCAUGGACAUUCUCAAUAUGGUCUUCACUGCUGUGUUCACUGUGGAAAUGGUUCUCAAACUCAUCGCUUUCAAACCCAGGCACUAUUUCACUGAUGCUUGGAACACAUUUGAUGCCUUAAUUGUUGUGGGUAGCGUCGUCGAUAUUGCUAUCACUGAAGUUAACCCAACGGAGACUCCUCAGGUGGAUGAGAUGGGGAACACGGAGGACAGUGCUCGCAUCUCCAUCACCUUCUUUCGUCUGUUUCGGGUCAUGCGGCUGGUCAAACUCCUCAGCAGAGGGGAGGGCAUUCGCACCUUGUUGUGGACUUUUAUCAAAUCCUUCCAGGCUCUGCCAUAUGUUGCUCUUCUGAUAGCCAUGCUGUUCUUCAUCUACGCCGUCAUUGGCAUGCAGGUGUUUGGAAAAGUUGCCAUGGUGGACGGCUCACAGAUUAACAGAAACAACAACUUCCAGACCUUCCCCCAGGCUGUUCUCCUCCUCUUUAGGUGUGCCACUGGUGAGGCAUGGCAAGAUAUCAUGUUGGCCUGUAUGCCAGGGAAACUGUGCGACCCGGAGUCCGACUAUAACCCCGGGGAGGAGAUGACGUGUGGCAGUGGCUUUGCAAUAAUUUAUUUCAUCACCUUCUACAUGCUCUGCGCUUUCUUGAUUAUCAAUUUGUUUGUUGCCGUCAUCAUGGACAACUUUGACUAUCUGACUCGUGAUUGGUCCAUUCUUGGUCCUCAUCACCUCGAUGAAUUCAAGAGAAUUUGGUCAGAGUAUGACCCUGAGGCAAAGGGCAGAAUUAAACAUCUGGAUGUUGUAACCCUUCUUCGUCGUAUCCAGCCUCCUCUUGGUUUCGGCAAACUGUGUCCCCACAGAGUGGCUUGCAAGAGACUGGUAGCCAUGAACAUGCCUCUGAACAGUGACGGCACUGUCAUGUUUAAUGCCACCUUGUUUGCACUGGUUCGCACGGCCCUGAAGAUAAAAACAGAAGGAAAUCUGGAGCAGGCCAACGAAGAGCUGCGAGCCGUCAUCAAGAAAAUCUGGAAGAGAACCAGCAUGAAGCUGCUGGAUCAAGUGGUGCCUCCUGCUGGUGAUGAUGAGGUAACCGUGGGGAAGUUCUAUGCCACCUUCCUGAUACAGGACUACUUUAGGAAAUUCAAGAAACGUAAAGAGGAAGGCCUGGUGGGUGCACACCCUUCCCAGAACAACACGGCCAUCGCUUUACAGGCUGGCCUUCGCACGCUGCAUGAUAUUGGGCCCGAAAUUCGCCGAGCCAUAUCAUGUGAUCUGCAAGAUGACGAACUAGUAGACUUUAUUCCAGAGGAAGACGAGGAAAUUUAUAGGCGUAAUGGCGGACUCUUCGGUAAUCAUCUCAUGAACGGCGGUCACCGGCGGUCCAACGGGCAUCAGACCAACGCCACCCAGAGGCCCCUGCAGGUGCAGCCUCCGCCUCACUACGCUCACAUGGAGCAGCCGGUGGGACGCCUGUCUCGAGCCAACGCCAUGUCCCACCCCAACCACCAUCACCACCACCACCACCAUCACCACCGCCACCACAACUCCUACGGCAAGUCUCCCAAAUCCACCAACAUCAACCUCAACAAUGCCAACGUGUCCAGUCUGCCCAAUGGAGGACACCAUCGCUACUAUGAACAUGCACCUCCCAAUGGUUACCCGGGUCUACGCAGCACCUAUUACGACUACGACAAGCCCCGGACACCCCAGGGUCAAAGAAGGCGCUACUAUGAGACCUAUGUUAGGUCCCACAGAGGGGACGGCCGCCACCCCACCAUCCGCAGGGAAGAGGAGUUUGAUGAGGACCGCUUCUCUGGGGAGUAUUACAGCGGAGAGGAGUUUUAUGAAGAUGACAGUAUGCUGUCAGGGGACAGGUAUCAGAAUAGUGAUGCAGAGUAUGAGACUCCCAAAGGCUACCAUCACCCAGACAGCUACUAUGACGAUGACGAACAGCCUCUCUACCGAGACUCGCGGAGGUCACCAAAGAGAAGGCUGCUUCCUGCCACACCUCAAGGUCACAGAAGGCCUUCCUUCAACUUUGAGUGUCUGCGCAGGCAAAGUAGCCAGGAUGAGCUUCCACAUCAGCGUACUGCUCUGCCACUGCACCUUAUGCAGCACCAGGUCAUGGCUGUAGCAGGCCUGGACUCCAGCAGAGCCCACCGCCUCUCCCCGACCCGCUCCACCCGCUCCUGGGCCACGCCUCCUGCCACCCCGGCCAGUAAGGACCAGUCACCAUACUACACCCCUCUCAUUCGCGUGGACCACCCACACAGGGAUAGUGUUGUAAGCAGCCAAGUGUCUGUGCGCAAGAGCUCGUGGUACACCGACGAUCCGGAGUUCUCCCAGAGGACGUACUCCCCUGUCCAUCUGCAGGUUCCACCAGAGUACCACAACCAGUACCACCAGAAGAGAGGCAGCGCAACCAGCCUUGUGGAAGCGGUUUUGAUAUCAGAAGGGCUUGGGAGAUACGCCAAGGAUCCCAAGUUUGUCGCUGCCACGAAGCACGAGAUAGCAGACGCGUGUGAGAUGACAAUAGAUGAAAUGGAAAGUGCAGCCAGUCACCUUCUGAAUGGAGGAAUAGCCCCAGGAAUAAAUGGGGUCAAUGUGUUUCCCCUUCUGACCCCGAGGGACUACGAACUGCAGGACACCGGAGUCAGUUACAGUGACGAGGAGCCAGAGACAGAACCCAGAGCUCCUUACGAGGAGGACCUGGCAGACGAGAUGAUCUGCAUCACGACUUUAUAGCAGCGGCUGGAGAAAUCUUCAAAUUGUGAACCUUGAUGGACUCUUAAUUGAAAAUUACAAAACAAAUGCAUCUGUUGGCUCUGACCAAAAGAAGUGCCUUUUACAUUGAAGAGAAAAGGCAUAAAGAAGAGAGACACACAAGUCCCGCUCAUUUAAAUGUUCUCCACCUGCCAGCAAAGGAGGUACCAUCCCUGCUGAACACAGAGGGACUGACUGGACCCUCCUUUCAAAGGCCUUGACCUGGAGGUAAUACACAGGCUCUGUCUGCAGCCAAUCAGAGACGAGGAUACUGAUCCAUGUGAGAAAGAUGGACCAAUUGGCAAAGGUGUGAGGUACUCUACAGGGCGGGUCUUUAUGGGUGAUGACAAUCAGAUGUACGAUGUCAUUACCUCAGUCACUUUAUUAAGGUUUGGCAUAUCAUGCAAGUUGUCAAUGCAAGCAUAGAAAGGCAUAUCUUGUUGUGUAGUUGUUAGAUUAACUUGAUCCCUUUGUUGUUUAAAGAUUGCUAAAGCUGAGUGAAAACGUGAAGAGCACCAGUAGGGUUGCACCAGAUUAUGCAGGAACUAACUGUCCUACUUAUAGCAUCAUUCAACUUGAGAUAUGUACUUUUGAAGCAACAAAAGCAUUUGUGAUAAAUGCACUAGCAGGCAGGUUAUUUUAAAAUUUUAGAAUAGCCUGAUUAACAUUUCAUAGUUGAUAUGCUGUAAAUUGUAUUAUAUAACAAAAGAAACUUUGUAAAGAGAUAUUCUAUAUUUUGUAAUUAUGUAUCAUUUAAAAGAUCAGCAAUAUGGACCCUUGUGACUCCUGUUAUAAAUGCAGACUUGCAUUAUUUUAUUAGAUACACUGUUCUGAUAUUUAUUUGCCUUUUGUUUUUUGCUAAUAAGCGCCCUUUAUUUUGCCUAUGACAACAGCAUUUUUAGAGGUUCUGCUUAUGUGGCAACACCACUGCACAACAUAUGCAAAUGGCUUUGAUUUCUUAGCAGAGAUGUGUUACUUUGUCAAACUAACACCAGUUGCACAAGGUUAAGUCCCGUUUAGGCAAGCCCCAAGUAUCCAGAGUUAAAAUCCUAACACAGGUGUGACAAACACAACUGUUUGCAUAUUUUGUGCAGGGCAUGCACAAGACAACAAAAUGCAUACUGCAUUAGCAAUGCUGCUUUUUUUUAGUUGGUUUCAGAGUCAAACCUAGGUUUCGUCAGCCCCUACUGAAAUGCCUUUAUGCUGCUGAAAGAACGAAAAAUGGUAGAUGGUUAUAACAGGGAUAAAUUAAUAUUUCUCAAAGCUUGUGCUGGGAUUUGUUGAUCAUGGUGUGAUUCCAUUAAACCUUUGUACUGAAUCUUCGCAAUCACAUCUUAGCCUUCAUGUAGUGUGUGUGUGGGGGCUUGGAGCCUGUGGUGGCAGGAGACACAUGCGCACAUCCAAAGGUCCGAAACAGCCCAACGUGUGUCCUAGGUGGAAGGACAGAGGGUGUCCUGAUAUCAGGAUGCUUGAGAGAGGCAAAGCAAUAUUUAACCCCCACCCCCUUCUCUCUCAGCCUGCCUGGUUCCCGCAUACAGUAUACCUCGUUAGGCAACAGUGACAACAUAUCAUUGUCUCAACUUAUCUGUCUGUCACAGUGUCCCACAGUGGAGUCUACGAACGAGAUUGAGGAAGGUUGAUGUUGGAUUAAAUGAAUAAAAGUUAACGGAUCUUGGCGGAAAAAAAUAAAAUCCCCCUGGAUGCACAAACAAAUGAGCAUCAUCAGUUAUCAUUCAUUGAUCAUAGUAAGCUGAAGUGGGCUUUUCCAGGCAACAGCACGGAGAGUUUAAACGACCACCGAGGAUGUUGUAGGUGAACGUGAUCUGUUGUUCAUGAGUGUUUGACUUGUAGGCGAGUGCGUACUGUACUCUAAUUCAACCGAAUACUGUCAUGAAAAUGUAGGUUUUCCUUUUUGUGUGCACAUUGAAAGGGCUCUUUGAAAUGUUUGUGAGUAACAAAAAAAAAAAAUGUGUUCUAGUCCUUUUUGUUGAUGACUGUCAUAUAAAAGGACCAAUGCACAUAAAAGGCACAUUGUACUAUUCGUAGCAAUUACAGUACUGAUGAACUGAAGAUAUGCAUUAUUUUGUAAACACUUUUAAAAGUUGUGUUAAACUAAAGAUGAAAAGAACUUACUUUUACCUCAUGUCAGGGAUUCCUGAGUAAAAAAAAGAAAAAAGAAAAAAAGAAAAUAAGGAUUUGGUUCAGUCUAUACCAAUGGUAUUUAAAUAUUAGCACAUAGCUGUUUGUCUUUGCACAAGUAACUGUAUAGUGCUUUUGUUUCUCCUUUUUCUAAAACAGAUUUGUGUAUUAAGGUGAGACAAUUUUGUACUUUUUGUGACUGUGUGUAUGGUUUAGUGGAAUCUAUAUUUGUCAUUUACACCUCACCUUACAUUGCUGGGAAUGAAAGAGUAUUAAAAAAUAUUUUCAAGGUGCACUGUUCCUCUGUUACACAGGUAGGGAAACAAAAAAAAUAAAAAGGUAAAGAACCAGUUUACAGAGAAACACAUAUUGAUUUUAACGUUUCUAUUAGUUUUCUUCAUCUUGUUAUGAUUCUAAUUAUUACUAUUACAACUAUUAAUGUUCAGAAAGAUGUAUUAAAAUAGAAGAUAAUGUAAAAUAUGUACAAACGUAUGGAAAGACCCAUGGUAAUGUUCUCUACUUUAAAGUCUUGAUAUUUGCUCCUUAAUGUUUUUAUUCUGUAAACAUCAUUUCUCUUAGUAGCAAAUGCUUUACUAUAACCCUCUAGGUUUUGUAUCAAUACAUUUUUUGUAUUUUUCAUUUUAUUUUGGCCUUGACUUUAUUUGAAUCAAUACUGAUAUUUUAUUUUCUAUUGACCAUCAUUGAAUAAACUUAUGCUGAAUUACA